AUGUCUAUGACUCUGGGUUACUGGGACAUCCGUGGGUUGGGUCAAGCCAUCCGCCUGCUCCUGGAAUACACAGACUCAAGCUAUGAGGAGAAGAGAUACACCAUGGGGGACGCUCCUGACUUUGACAGAAGCCAAUGGCUGAGUGAGAAAUUCAAGCUAGGCCUGGACUUUCCCAAUCUGCCCUAUUUAAUUGAUGGGUCACACAAGAUCACCCAGAGCAAUGCCAUCCUUCGCUACCUUGGCCGGAAGCACCACAUGUGUGGAGAGACAGAGGAGGAGAGGCUCCGUGCGGACAUUUUGGAGAAUCAGGCCGUGGACACUCGGAGGCAGCUUGCAAUGGUCUGCUACAGUCCGGAGUUUGAGAAACGGAAGCCAGAGUACUUAGAGGGUCUUGCUGACAAGAUGAAGCUCUACUCUGAAUUCCUGGGCAAGCAGCCAUGGUUUACAGGGGACAAGAUUACCUAUGUGGACUUCCUUGUUUAUGAUGUCCUUGAUAAGCACCGUAUAUUUGAACCCAAGUGCCUGGACGCCUUCCCAAACCUGAUGGACUUCAUGGCUCGAUUUGAGGCUCUGGAGAAGAUCUCUGCCUACAUGAAGUCCAGCCGCUUCCUUACAGGCCCCAUGUACUUGAAGACGGCCCUGUGGGGUAACAAGUAG